AGGAUGGUAUGGAGACCUCUGGUGGGAGAAGGAACUCCCGCACAACUGUUCAGUGGAGGACAUGGAGAGGGUACUCAGCCACUCCCUCUCGGCAGUGCAGUACCCCCUCUUCAGUGAGACCGAGACCUCGUCCCUCGGAAUUAGCACGUAUCAGUUCCGGCAGCUCUAUGGGCUAAGUCUCUACAGACUAGCAGUGACAGGGGAAACUCUAUACUGUUGAUCUGACAGCUCCUCUGGCCUUUGAGGCUGUCUGGACACUGGCAAAGGCCCUCAGGAUGACCAGUGAUAAGAUAGAGGCGGGGGAGGAGGGAGGAUGUGGCGAUGUGGAAGGUGAGCUGGUGCCUCUGGAGAGGUUCGACUACAGCAAUGACAAACUGGGCUGUCUUCUCCUGGAGAGCCUAGACCAGCUUUACUUCCUGGGAAUCUCGGGGAAUGUGACAUUUGACGAGCAGGGAGACCGUGUCAGUAACACCGUGAGAAUCUCCCAGUAUCAACCAGGAAGAGGCAGACCGCGACUCGAUGGAACUCUGACAAUGGCCAAUGCCCUGGUCGGCUAUGCAUCUUUUGAAGGGGACGGUGACAACAUCACUGGACUCUCAGUCAGCCUCGUCGACGACAACGCAACAGUCACUUUUCCAGAGGGGAUACCACCAGAUGGUAUUCCAAAGGAGGUGAUAGUCUUCACGGCUCUUCCACUGACAGUCGUCUACUACAUCCUGGCCACCUGUGGGAUCGUCUUUGCCGCAGUCUGCCUCAUCUUCAACAUCAUCUACAGGAAGAGGAAGAUUGUGAGACUGACUAGCCCGAACCUCAAUUAUCUCAUAAUUGUGGGGGCGGUCCUCCUGUACAUGUCGGUCUUCUUCUGGGUGUCCCCCGCCAAGGAGGAGAUGGAGGCUACCGUUCUGUGCAAUUUCCGUAUAUGGCUGUUCUCCAUUGGGAACACUCUGUGUCUGGCCGUGGUGCUGUCUAAGAUGUGGAGAGUCCACUACAUCUUCACCUCUCCUUCUCCCAAGAGGAAGCCGAAGCCCCCGCAGGACUGGCAUCUGUUGAUCAUCACCUUGGUGAUAGUCAGUGUAGACCUGGUCAUCCUCCUCAUACCCACUGCAAUAGAGAAGUCCCGCUCCAGAGGUCAGCUGGCAGAGAGCCAGGAGCACAGAGAGACUGAGGACGAGCUGGGAGUGGCCCAGAUCCACCGCUACUACAGCUGCUACAGUGACUCCCAGCUCAUCUGGCUCUUCAUGUCCUACAUAUACAAGUUCCUGCUCCAGAUCGCCGCCAUCUACUUUGCCUUCAUGUCUCGAAAGAUCCGCUUCAAGGCCCUCAACGACUCCAAGGAGAUAGCUGCCAUCAUCUACAUCACCAGUCUCCUGCUGGUCAUAUCGGCCUUUGGUUUCUGGAUCGGACUCCUCUACCUCAACACUUCAACAGUGGUGUUUGGAUUGGCACAAUUCCUCACUGCCUCAGUCAUACUCGGUCUUCUCUUUAUACCCAAGAUGAUAAGUCUAAGGUUGGACCCGCAGGGGGUCAACAUCUUCAGUGGCGGUCAGAGGAACACCACCACAGCCUCGAUCAACCAGAGCUCCAUCGACAUCCUCGAGACAGGCCACAAGAUGCAGGAGCUAUCGUCGCGAGUCAAGGAACUCGAGUCAGAGCUGGAGAAACACCAGAAUGGCAGCAGCUCAACUGUGACUCCACUCUACACAUGCAACAUCACCACACCCACCCAGACCAGUCCAGAUUCCAAACUGGAUCCCGGAAUGGACCCGGAACCUUGACACAUACAUAUAUACAGCAACAACAGCUGGUCAUUCACCUGCUCAUUACUUAACACAGUGAAUGAGUGGGUCUUCCCCUUCAUCAUGCAUGUCACUACAACUAGCACCGCAGUGUGGCGUUACUGAACAAUCAAGCACAUUAGUCAUUUCCCAAACGUACUCAUGUUCUCGCUUGUCAUUGUAGAUUUGUAUCUUUCUUGUAUAAUACUUCCAAAGUUUUUCUUAGUGUUGUGGUUAACUUAGGGAAUGAAUUAGAAAUAACUUUUUAUAUUAUGAUCCUGUGUGACUAGGAACUGGACUAUCCAUUAAUUCCUACUCUUCACUAGUCGGAAUAAAAAAACUUUAUAUACAAGCCAA